AUGAUUCAAUGUGAUGACUUCGAUCCUCACCCAGUCGUGUACAGAUCCUUUAUGGCCAGUCUGUCAAUAGUCACUCCACCCCUAAACGCCUUUGCUAUCUACUGCAUCACAAGAAAAUCCACGAAGCAAAUGGGUUUCUAUAAAUGGUGGCUUCUGAUGUAUCAACUAUCUUCGUGUGUAUUUGACUUCGUAUUUACCAUUCUCAUAGUACCAGUGGUAUUCUUUCCCAUUCCAAUGGGUUACGCCGAUUCCCUGCUGGCUAGAUUGAUUUCGCUCAACGGGCAUGUUGCCCUUAUUCUAUUUAUUUCUUGUAUACCCCUGCUCACCGUUACCUGUUUAUAUCUUUUCAUUUAUCGAUGUUAUGUGCUUCUUCCCCAUUACCAUAUGCUCAAAAUGAAUAAGAGAGGGAUAAUUAUCACUAGCACCACGCUUCUCUUGAUCUACUGCAUUCCGACUGCUUCCGGUUUGGUGGUUAUCUUACCCGACCAAAGGGAAGCCCGAGAAUGGAUGCUUCAGGUCUCUAUCCCACUUACCACCUUAUUGGUGCCCAUAAUGACUUUGAUGUACCUGUUUGGAAUAGCUGCUUCCCUUGAUCAAGGUCAUAUUUAUUUAUGCAUUGCCUUCUUCUUUAUCUAUGCUAUCCCAACGGGAGCUGGCCUUGUGAACAUUUCCCCUGAUCAAGAAGAAGCGAAGCGAUGGAUUGUUUCUACGUUUUCCUGCGCCGAACCGGUUGUACGCAUGUCUAUUCCUCGUCUACACAUCUACACUCCCGACAGCUUUGAACGUUUACUGAUAACCGUACUUGUGCUUGUAGUCAUGAUAGCACCUAUUGGAUUGGCCAUUUUGGGUAGUGCGCUCUAUUUUCUUCGAGGCGCCAGUCAUCUUUCGAAGAAAACCAGGCGACUUCAACAAAAAUUCUUUUUCUUUCUAUUGGUGCAGGUGUCAGUUCCAGGAAUUGCGUACGCAUUACCAGUGUUUUUUCUAGUGGUACUGUUUAUCACUAUGGAACCAAAGAUCAAAUUCCUUGGCAACCUAUCGCUUAUAUUUAUGGGCUUUCAUGGUACAGUAUCGUCUCUUUCGCUUAUCCUUUGUAAUGAGCCUUAUCGAAAAUUUGUUGUGGAAAUUCUUAUGAACAAAUGGUGGCCUAAAAAGAACAUGAAAACGCCAUUGUUGGUGAGCUUCACGCGUCCCAGUCAUCAGAUUCCUGCACAAUAG